CCCCCCCUCCGCCCGGAGAGCAUUAUUGAUCUGAAGGGUAAAUGUGGAGGGAGCCACAGAGAGGGUCCAAGCGUUUCUGAGAAGAGAAGCUGCCUCUUCCAGGAACAAAGUGGUGUCUGCUGGCUGCCUGGCCUGGGAACCUUCUGUGAAUUAAAGGGGACAAAAUGCGCGUUCGUGGUUUGCUACAGUGAUUUAGAAGAGGGAAGAGAGAGAGAGAGGGAGGCGAAGUCACACCUUGGAGCAAGGCUGCGUUGUUGCAUCCCGCGGCUGCUCUUCACGGGGCUGUUCCUGCAGCUGCGUCUGCUCUCAGCCAUCAGCUCAGUUACCUGACUGGUCCAUUUUCUGGGGAUUGUAAUCAAGUUGGAACUCAAUAGAAGUCUGGAGUACUGAGAGGAUGGUAGCCUUUUUAAAGGUAAAUGAGUCUGGGAGACAGAUAGCUAACCAGGAAGCCGUCAGUCUUCAAUGCCCAGAUGUAGCAUAAAAGAAACGGACAUUAGCUGAAGCUCACUGUAAUCUCAGAGGAUCUUUACAGACAGCGAGGAGCUUGGCAUAAACACAGGCAAAGGAGUACAGCGCGCUGCCACUCCGUGGGUGUUGAUUGAAAACUUCGAUCUCCCCACCGUUUCACGGUUGAUCUGAAGGAUUUCUCACUUGAUCACGGAGAGUAUUUCAAUUAAGGUCUCUUUAGAUGGAAUGUAAUAAAGCAGAGGCCUCCAGAGCAUCAAUGUGUGAAUUACUAUCUCUUCAUUAAAACGGAAAGCUCAGUGGUCACAGCCACAGACAUCUCAACCCUGGAUCCCACGACUCUACAUUAAGUACUGGAGUAUUUAUUACUCUACUGUGGGAGAAAGCCUUUGCCAAUGCUUACAAGGAACUCUUUAUGUCUGCUUCUCUGGAUCCUGUUUGAUGGAGGUCUCCUAACACCACUUCAGUCACAGCCACAACAGACUUUAGCCACACAACCAAAAGAAAAUGUUAUCCACCUUCAGGGGAGACGAUCCCAUUUCCAACGGGUUAAACGUGGCUGGGUAUGGAAUCAGUUUUUUGUGCUGGAAGAAUACAUGGGCUCCGAACCUCAAUAUGUGGGAAAGCUGCAUUCCGACUUGGACAAAGGAGAGGGCACUGUUAAAUACACGCUCUCUGGAGAUGGUGCUGGCACAGUUUUUACAAUUGAUGAAACUACAGGAGACAUCCAUGCCAUAAGAAGCCUGGACAGAGAAGAGAAGCCCUUCUACACACUCCGUGCUCAGGCAGUGGACAUAGAAACAAGGAAGCCCUUGGAGCCUGAAUCCGAGUUUAUCAUUAAAGUGCAGGAUAUUAAUGAUAAUGAACCAAAGUUUCUGGAUGGACCUUAUGUUGCUAGUGUUCCAGAAAUGUCUCCUGUGGGUGCUUACGUGCUCCAGGUCAAGGCCACCGAUGCAGAUGACCCCACCUAUGGGAACAGUGCCAGAGUUGUCUACAGCAUUCUUCAGGGUCAACCUUAUUUCUCCAUUGAUCCCAAGACAGGUGUUAUUAGAACAGCGUUGCCAAACAUGGACAGAGAAGUCAAAGAGCAAUACCAGGUCCUCAUUCAAGCGAAGGACAUGGGUGGUCAACUCGGUGGCCUUGCUGGAACAACAAUUGUCAAUAUUACCCUCACUGACGUCAAUGACAACCCACCUCGAUUCCCAAAAAGUAUCUUCCACCUGAAAGUCCCCGAGUCUUCUCCUAUUGGCUCAGCAAUUGGACGGAUAAGAGCAGUAGACCCAGAUUUUGGAAAAAAUGCAGAAAUUGAAUACAACAUUGUCCCAGGAGAUGGGGGAAAUUUGUUUGACAUUGUUACAGAUGAGGAUACACAAGAAGGAAUCAUCAAAUUGAAAAAGCCUCUGGAUUUUGAAACGAAGAAGGCAUAUACUUUCAAAGUAGAGGCCUCCAACCUUCACCUUGACCACCGCUUUCACUCCGCUGGCCCCUUUAAAGACACUGCUACGGUAAAGAUCAGUGUGCUGGAUGUGGACGAACCUCCAGUGUUCAGCAAGCCACUGUACACCAUGGAGGUUUAUGAAGACACUCCUGUGGGGACCAUCAUUGGUGCUGUCACAGCCCAAGACCUCGAUGUGGGCAGUAGCGCUGUUAGGUACUUCAUAGAUUGGAAGAGUGAUGGGGACAGCUACUUUACAAUAGACGGAACUGAAGGAACCAUCGCCACGAAUGAAUUACUAGACAGAGAGAGCACUGCACAGUAUAAUUUCUCCAUAAUUGCAAGUAAAGUUAGUAACCCAUUAUUAACCAGCAAAGUCAACAUACUGAUUAAUGUCCUAGAUGUCAAUGAAUUUCCUCCAGAAAUAUCUGUGCCCUAUGAGACAGCUGUAUGUGAAAAUGCCAAACCAGGCCAGAUAAUUCAGAUAGUAAGUGCUGCAGACCGAGAUCUUUCACCUGCUGGGCAACAAUUCUCCUUUAGAUUAUCACCAGAGGCUGCCAUCAAACCAAAUUUUACAGUUCAUGACUUCAGAAACAACACAGCUGGAAUUGAAACCCGGAGAAAUGGAUACAGCCGCAGGCAGCAAGAGUUAUACUUACUUCCUGUUGUAAUAGAAGACAGCAGUUACCCUGUCCAGAGCAGCACGAACACAAUGACUAUUCGUGUUUGUAGAUGUGACUCUGAUGGGACCAUCCUGUCUUGUAAUGUGGAAGCAAUUUUUCUACCUGUAGGACUCAGCACGGGAGCUCUGAUUGCAAUACUACUAUGCAUUGUUAUACUCUUAGCUAUAGUUGUCCUGUAUGUGGCACUGAGAAGGCAGAGGAAGAAAGACACCUUGAUGACGUCUAAGGAAGACAUCAGAGACAAUGUCAUCCAUUAUGAUGAUGAAGGAGGUGGGGAGGAAGACACCCAGGCUUUUGACAUUGGAGCUCUGAGAAAUCCCAAAGUGAUCGAAGAGAACAAAUCUCGCAGGGAUAUAAAACCAGACUCCCUCUGUCUACCUCGUCAGAGACCACACGUAGAAGAUAACACAGACAUAAGGGAUUUUAUUCACCAAAGGCUACAGGAAAACGAUGCUGAUCCAGCUGCCCCACCAUACGAUUCCUUGGCCACUUACGCAUAUGAGGGCAAUGGGUCAGUGGCGGAGUCACUCAGCUCCAUAGACUCUCUCACCACAGAAGCCGACCAGGACUAUGAUUAUCUCACAGACUGGGGGCCCCGCUUUAAAGUCUUGGCAGAUAUGUUUGGAGAAGAAGAGAGUCACAAUCCUGAUAAUGUCACCUAGGGGAGAAGAAAAGGUUGAUGAUUCACUUGUAGAGAAGAAAAAUUUAACAAAAGUAACAGAAAUAACACACACACACACACACACACACACACACACACACACACACACACACACACGAGGCUCCCAGGUUCUACAAGACAAGAUUCCUUUCAUUAUCCAGUUUCUAGACAUUUGUUCUAUUUAUCAUAUUGUCAUUUUGGGUUAUUCUGCUGACACAAGAUAAAUCCUGUAAUAUGUACUUGCUUUGUUUUGUUCUGUUAUUUCAGGACCGCACUGAGCCGAGCUCAGGCCUAUUAAGUACAGUUCACUGACAUGACAACCGAGAAUGAAGAUCGCUUUGUGGCAUCACGGUGGAAGAGUGUGAGAUUUUUCUUAAUUCCACUAAAGUGCCUAUUGAAACUCUUAUCAUUUAACGUGGUGUACACAACACUCUGCUGUGAUGGCUUGGCAGGAUUCCGAGAUAAAGAGGAACGAAGCAGACAGUGUCUAUGUUUCAAGGAGCAAUUGUGACCCGCUGAUUCUCAUUCCUCUCAAGAACAAAGAAUAAUACUUCCCAAACUCCAUCUUUUUAGAAGCGAAAGCUUUUUUCAUUUGUGAAUUGUAAAACGAAAAGUAUUUGUUUUUCCUAGUCUUUCAGAAACUGGAAUAAAUGAGACGUUAUGAAAUUCAAUAUAUAAGUCAUGAAUUAUAAAAUCCGUGCUUAAAUCAUAACAUUAGUUCAUGUAAAAUAUGUUAAUUAAGCUGUUUGCUUUUCCAAAAACUAAAAUCAUAUACUGGAAAUAAAAAGGAUCCCUCUUUAUAAAGAGACACAUCAGGGCUCAAAUUCCAGCUUCAAAUAAACAUUGGUUUGUUUAAA